UCCAGCAGUAUUGGGUUAACUGACUAAGCCUCCUCCCCUCUCUGAGGCAUCUUUAGGGCCCUCUAACCCAUCUUAAAAAGUCUGCUCUUAUCAAUUUGCUUGAUAAUGGCCAUCAAACAUGGUAGUCAUAUCCCUCACUGCUGAUUUAGUCUUGCCUGUUGUUGGCCUUUGCUUGAGAAAAGAUUAGAUUAAGUUUGAUAAGGAAAGUAAACAAAAAUUGCUAAUGCAUAGAAAGUUCCAUAAAACUUAUUGACCAGUGAAAGAAAUAUAAACCAUAGAAAGCUAGCAGCUUGGACCACAAAAGGAAAAGAUAAGGAGAUGAUAAACUAUUAUUAGAGAACUUUCCAACCUCCAUGUACACCUCAAACCAUCUCUUCCUCAGGAAUGAAUCAUUGAAAGGAAGGGUGGCCGGAGUGGGAGACUCUGGUGUGUAUAAUGGCCGGAAUUUGUCUGAUGGUUAUCGAGCCGUCUACCACCUCUUGCCUCACUUUGAUAAUUGUCUCCCAGAAGAUCAGCUACAGUAUUGCAUUGCUGCAAUAAUCCUAGCAAUAGCUAUCCUUGACAAGACAAGCUUCCGGAAACACAAUGAGGACAUGCAGAAGGACUCAGCACCACUUGAUAUCCCACAUUUGGCCUCUGCAAUAAUGAGACAUGUUGCGCAGCUUGUUUCAAAUGCCCAUGCUGUCACACAAAUCACAACUGAUUCCAAAAGUGCAGGCAGUAUGAUCCAGCAUGUGGUUCAAGCUAGAAUUGCUUCUGCCAUUUACCCAACUGCAAGCCUCAUGAAUCACUCAUGUAAACCCAACAUCAUAAACAGUUUCUACAAGGAUAAGCUGGUUAUUCGCACAAUUGAAGACGUUGAGAAUGGCAGCCAGAUAACCAACUGCUAUGGUCCACAUUACUGUCGACAAACGCGCGAAGAGAGACAGCAGUCCUUGAAACAGCAGUACUUCUUUAAGUGUAGGUGUGAGCCAUGUGUCAACCCAGAGUAUAUACAGAAAGAG